CUAGUGAAGCUCUAUUUGCAAAUCGACCCUUAUUAAUAUCUCAUUGUCUUUUUAGACCACUCUCACUCGGGCUCACGCGAGUCGCGUAAACGUAUAAUUAACCUAACCCUAGAUCGCGAUCGGAAACGGCAGCUCCUCGUCGGCGAGUCCUUUCACGAAAAUAGCUUCUCUCCACUUCGGUACUCUCAUACGCUGAUCAAUCUCUGUCUCCGUUUCAGGUGAACAUUUAAGCCAUGGCUGAACACUUGGCUUCAAUCUUUGGUACUGAAAAGGACAGAGUGAAUUGUCCUUUUUACUUUAAGAUCGGUGCUUGCCGUCACGGUGACCGGUGCUCACGGCUACAUAACCGUCCCACCAUCUCCCCGACGCUCCUACUCUCAAACAUGUACCAGAGACCAGACAUGAUAACACCCGGUGUUGACCCUCAGGGCCAGCCUUUGGACCCGAGCAAGAUCCAAGACCACUUUGAGGAUUUCUACGAAGACAUAUUUGAAGAGCUCGACAAGUUUGGUGAAGUGGAGAGCCUCAAUGUUUGUGACAAUCUUGCUGAUCACAUGAUCGGCAAUGUGUAUGUCCUGUUUAAGGAAGAGGAUCAGGCAGCUGCUGCGUUGCAGGCUCUGCAAGGGAGAUUCUAUUCAGGUCGUCCUAUAAUUGCUGAUUUCUCUCCUGUAACGGAUUUCCGGGAAGCUACGUGCAGGCAGUACGAGGAAGACAACUGUAACCGAGGCGGGUACUGUAAUUUCAUGCACGUGAAGCAGAUUUCGAGGGAGCUUAGAAGGAAAUUAUUUGGGAGGUAUCGUCGGUCGUACCGCCGGGGAAGCAGAAGCAGAAGCCGGAGCAGGAGUAUAAGCCCUCGACGCAAGAGAGAGCGUGAGCGGGAUAGAGGAGAUCAUAGGGACCGCGACCGCCAUGGAAAUGGGAAACGGAGCAGUGACAGGUCAGAGAGGCAUGACCGGGACGGUAAUGGAAGGAGGAGACAUGGAAGCCCGAAACGGAGCAGAAGCCCGGUUGUGAGAGAAGGCAGCGAGGAAAGGAGGGCAAGAAUUGAGCAAUGGAACCGAGAACGAGAUGAGGGAGUUUAAGGUUUUUUCUCUUCGUUUGCUGGUUGGUUCAGGAAUCGGUAAAACCUCGUAAUGGAUUAUUCAUUUGGUGUUCUUUUUGUGGAACUUGAAAAAUUUGAGUUGCAUGAGGCUUCUUAGAUGAUGUGAGGUGGAUUUACUUUUUCUUGUAGAUUUCGUUUAGAAACUAGUUCGUGUGGAAAAUGUUGAGUUUAGUUUUUCUUAUAAACUAUUGUGGUAAUGAACUAUGAUCCUUUGCUGGUUGUUUUUCAUGAUUGUCCCUUUAAAUAU